AGGGUUGGGCCAAGGCUGUGCCGCCCCUGCAGGAGCAGCAUAAAAGCCGGCCCAGCGCCUCUCUCCCUCACACCCUUCUCCUCCAGCCUUCUCCUGCCUUCUCUGCCCACAACCAGGGCCCCUCCACACCACACCCAUGGCCUGCUACGACCUCUGCCGCCCCUGCGGACCCACCCCGCUGGCCAACAGCUGCAACGAGCCCUGUGUCAGGCAGUGCCAGGACUCCACCGUCCUCAUCCAGCCCUCCCCCGUCCGCGUCACCUUCCCAGGGCCCAUCAUGACCUCCUUCCCCCAGAGCUCCUUCGUCGGAUCCACCGCAGGGGCUGCCCUGGGCACGGAGCUCAACGUCCAGGGACAGCCCAUCUCCGGCGGCUUUGGCUACGGAGGCUACGGCCUGGGCUAUGGCCGUGGCUUUGGCUACGGCCUGGGCUAUGGCCGUGGCUUUGGCUACGGCCUGGGAGGUCUGGGUUGCUCAGGCUUGGGUGGCCUGGGCUGCUCCACCUGCUGAGGGGCCUCCACAACUUUCCUCACGCCACGAGCUCAAGCUCUGCCAAAAUCUGCUACAACAAAGAACCUCAGGUGAUGGUCGCCCUACUGCACCUCAGACCUUCUCCCUUCCACUGUCUUCUCUGCCCUUUCACUCUUUCGCU